AGUUUCACAUCCAGGGCUGCGCGGGCCGGGAGCCACCCGGACGCCGACCCCGGCUGUCAGCGGACUUCUAUUUCCCGCGAUACCGCGAAAGCAAACCCGACCUUGGACCGGAGUUGCGGGCCAGGAAUCGCCCCAGCGUCGCCGCGGACACGCCUCCCGCUGCCUUCCUCGCUCCCUGCCGCCCACCCGCUCGCCCAGCUCAGGGGCUUUGGUGCAGGAGAAAGCUCUGCGAUUCCAUCUAACUUGUUGAUGUUACUUUUAUUUGAAGGAAACUAUAUUGAAGCUUAACUUACAAAGAAGGAAGAUGGUUCUUUCCGAAGUGGGAGUCGGAAAAGCUGAUCCAGCUGCUGAAUCACACCAUCUAUUACUCAAUGGAGAUGCUAAUGUGGCCAAGAAAAAUCCGGCCUCGGCGGCCGAGAACAACCUGUACAGCCAGUACGAGGAGAAGGUGCGCCCCUGCAUCGACCUCAUCGACUCCCUGCGGGCUCUGGGUGUGGAGCAGGACCUGGCCCUGCCGGCCAUCGCCGUCAUCGGGGACCAGAGCUCGGGCAAGAGCUCUGUGCUGGAGGCGCUGUCGGGAGUCGCCCUUCCCAGAGGCAACGGGAUUGUGACCAGAUGCCCGCUGGUGCUGAAACUGAAGAAACUCGUGAAUGAAGAAGAGUGGAAAGGCAAGGUCAGUUACCAGGACUUCGAGACUGAGAUUUCGGAUGCUUCAGAGGUAGAAAAGGAAGUUAAUAAAGCCCAGAACGCCAUUGCCGGGGAAGGAAUGGGAAUCAGUCAUGAGCUAAUCACCUUGGAGAUCAGCUCCCGAGAUGUCCCAGAUCUGACUCUCAUAGACCUUCCUGGAAUAACCAGAGUGGCUGUGGGCAAUCAGCCUGCUGACAUCGGGUUUAAGAUCAAGUCACUCAUUAAGAAGUACAUCCAGAGACAGGAGACAAUCAGCCUGGUGGUAGUCCCCAGUAACGUGGACAUCGCCACCACGGAGGCGCUGAGCAUGGCCCAGGAGGUGGACCCCGAGGGAGACAGGACCAUUGGAAUCUUGACGAAGCCUGAUCUGGUGGACAAAGGAACUGAAGACAAGGUUGUGGAAGUGGUGCGGAACCUGGUGUUCCACCUGAAGAAGGGCUACAUGAUCGUCAAGUGCCGGGGCCAGCAGGAGAUCCAGGACCAGCUGAGCCUGUCCGAAGCCCUGGAGAGAGAGAAGGUCUUCUUUGAGGGCCACCCAUAUUUCAGGGAUCUGCUGGAGGAAGGAAAGGCCACGGUUCCCUGCUUGGCAGAAAAGCUUACCAGCGAGCUCAUCACACAUAUUUGCAAAUCUAUGCCCCGGUUAGAAAAUCAAAUCAAGGAGAGUCACCAGAAAAUAACAGAGGAGCUACAGAAGUAUGGUGUGGACAUCCCGGAAGAUGAAAAUGAAAAAAUGUUCUUCCUGAUAGACAAAAUUAAUGCCUUUAAUCAGGACAUCGCUGCUUUCAUUCAAGGGGAGGAGACUGUGGGAGAGGAAGACGUCCGGUUGUUUACCAAACUCCGAAACGAGUUCCGCAAAUGGAGUAUAGUCAUUGAAAAAAAUUUUCAAGCAAGCCAUGAAAUUAUGAGUAGGAAAAUCCGGAAAUUUGAAAAUCAGUAUCGUGGUAGAGAGCUGCCAGGAUUUGUGAAUUACAGGACAUUUGAGACCAUCGUAAAACAGCAAAUCAAGGCGCUGGAAGAGCCGGCUGUGGACAUGCUGCACACCGUGACGGAUAUGGUCCGGCUCGCUUUCACAGAUGUUUCGAUAAAAAAUUUUGAAGAAUUUUUUAACCUCCACAGAACUGCCAAGUCCAAAAUCGAAGACAUUAGAGCAGAACAAGAGAGGGAAAGUGAGAAGCAGAUCCGCCUCCACUUCCAGAUGGAGCAGAUUGUCUACUGCCAGGACCAGGUGUACAGGGGUGCGCUGCAGAAGGUCAGAGAGAAGGAGAUGGAAGAAGAAAAGAAGUCUAAGAAAUCCUUAGUUACCAUGAUGGUUGAGCACUCAUCCGCAGAGUCUUCCAUGGAGGAGAUCUUUCAACACCUGAUGGCCUAUCACCAGGAGGCCAGCAAGCGCAUUUCCAGCCACAUCCCUUUGAUCAUCCAGUUCUUUGUGCUCCAGACAUUCGGCCAGCAGCUUCAGAAGGCCAUGCUGCAGCUCCUGCAGGACAAGGACACCUACAGCUGGCUCCUGAAGGAGCGGAGCGACACCAGUGACAAGCGCAAGUUCCUGAAGGAGCGGCUUGCACGGCUGACGCAGGCUCGGCGCCGCCUCGCCCAGUUCCCGGGUUAACAGAGCUCUCGGUCCAGCCCGCAGACAUGCACUCACACUGUCUGCCCCUGUGCACAGGGAGCCACAGGACAGACUGUGCCUGAGUGCUCAGUAGCCAGACUUGAUAGUCACAGUCUCUGCUUACCUCCUAGCCCAUGGCAAUUUAGCAAGAAGCUGUGAGAGCAGUUUGGCUUCCAGCAUGAAGACAAAGCCCCGCCCUCAGAUGCACCUGAGCUGGAUGGGUGAAGGAUGCUUCUUCGUAUUGGGAAAGGGAUUUGCACCCUCAGAAUCACUCUGCCUUGCAGCUCUCCCCUGCUCUGUAUUCUUCUCAAACUUCUACGUGCUGAGCAUCUAGAAGCUUAUUUCCUGGUUUUUGUAAUGUCCCGUCACGUAGCCAGUGUUUUAGGAGCAGGAGUGUCAUGUGUGUGAGUCCUGUCGAAGCCCUGCCUCCUCCGUUUGUAAUAAACUCAUUUCUAGUGGA